ACUAUAUACUCCCCAAUUACCAGCAGCCAGCAGCACCACUGGUUCGUCACUCACCUCACAACUCACAAGCGCAGCUUACUUUUAUAAUCCCCUCCAAAAAUCACACCACCUCAAAAAAAAAAAAAAAAUGGCGCUUCGAGUUUUGAUGACAAGAAAAACCCUAGCUUCUGCAAAGCAAGGCCUUCUUCAAUGUCGAUCAUUGCAGACUUUCUCUCUCCCUGACCUUCCUUACGACUAUGGUGCUCUUCAGCCCGCCAUUAGCGGCGAAAUCAUGCAGAUUCAUCAUCAGAAACAUCACCAGACUUACAUCACUAAUUACAAUAAAGCUCUUGAACAACUCGAUGAUGCUAUUGCUAAAGGCGACGCUUCUUCUGUCGUUAAGCUUCAAAGCGCCAUUAAAUUCAAUGGCGGAGGUCAUGUGAAUCACUCAAUUUUCUGGAAGAACCUUGCUCCAAUUAAUGAAGGAGGUGGUGAGCCUCCAAAAUCUUCACUGGGUUGGGCUAUUGAUUCAAACUUUGGUUCUCUGGAAGCUCUUAUUCAGAAAAUGAAUGCAGAAGGAGCUGCUGUACAGGGUUCUGGGUGGGUGUGGCUUGGACUCGACACGCAAUCAAAAAAGCUUGUGGUCGAAACCACGCCAAAUCAGGACCCACUCGUAACUAAAGGACCAAGCUUGGUUCCUAUACUUGGUAUAGAUGUAUGGGAGCAUGCGUACUACCUUCAGUACAAGAAUGUGAGACCUGAUUAUCUGAAGAACAUCUGGAAGGUUAUAAACUGGAAAUAUGCAAGCGAGGUGUAUGAAAAAGAGGUCCCCAGCCACUGAGUUUUUGUAUACCAUCACUUAGCAGAGGAAUAAAUCGUUUAGAACGAGAGAAAAGCCGUGCUGUGCAGGUCUGCUUUGCUGUAUCCGUCCCAGAAAAAAAAAACCGCUUUUGUCCCUUGGGUCUUAUACUCUCGUUUCAGUAUCUCGUUCUUGAAACAAAUUGACCAACUGUCUCACUUACUGAAAUCUAUUUCAUGUAGAUUGUGUGCAGAAUCUUGUGUUAAUAUUUAUGCUUUUUGACUUCCCAAGUUCUGUUGAUUGUUGCAACUUAUAUGGUAUUGUGGUUUGUGUUCAACUUCAA